UUCAUUUAAUUAGUACUAAAAAAUUUAAUGAUUCAUCAUUAAAAUUAAUGGAUUUUAAAAAUACCUUGAGGCAGGUAAAUUUAAAUACAACAACAACAAUCAAGCCAACAACAGAAAAAAGAGGAAGAUGUUAUUGUGGUAAUGGUAUUUGUACAUGUUGUUCAAAAUUUUUAAUGGACACAUGGAAACAAAGAGCAUGUGUUGAUGUAACAUAUGAUCCAGAUGAAUUUAGUUUUACUGCAAAAUUAUCAAUGAAUGAAAGAGUAUUAUAUACAAGAACAGUAUCAGGAAAAAAUCCAAGACCAAUUUGUGUACCAGUACCAAGAAUACCAAGUGUUAGAGCUUGUGUUAGAUUUUAUAAUAUUUAUUUUCAAGGUCGUAAUGUGCAUGCUUGUGUUAGUAUGGAAGGAAAGUUUAGUGAUACAACGGUAUUCAAGGUGGGAUUGGAUUGUUUGAGAUUGGGAUCAAAUGGAGUUGCUGUUGUUAAACCAGAAGAUGGUGGUGGAUUAGGACAUAUUGAAUAUUUUCCUCAGGUACCAGAGGAUGAGAGUGAUGAUUAUGAUGAUGACGAUGAUGAAGAAGAUGAAGAAGAAGAAGAUGAUGAUGACUAUCUUUCAUUAUGA